UCCCUGAAGCCACUUUCGGUUGCUAGCUAGUUCAUCUUACCGACUGUGUGCUUUGGGGAAUUUGCAGGUUGCAUUUAAAUAUCCCGGAGAAGCUGAGAAAAUGGAGGCUCCGUCUUCAUUAAACCAGCCUCCACCCAAAAAUGGGCCGCCAUAUCAAAAGAGAAAUCUAAAGAGAAAGCAGCCGCAGAAUUCUGCCGAGAUAGUUUUCACAAAGGGGGCUUCUAUCCACACCAUGCCGUCUCUCAGCAAACAGUUGAAGGGGAUUACAGAGUGUGUCAUUGGCCUCCAGUAUGUGUGGGAGUACCGCAGCCCCAGUAAAUCCGUCCCGCCGCACUACCAGUGCAAACUGUGCGCCAUGUCCCGCUUGCAGCACGACAUGCUCGAUCACGUGAAAGGCUGGAAACACAGCUUCAGAUACAUGAAAAAAUGCCACCCUGACAAGGUGACCUGUGAGGAGGAAGACGCCGUCAAAGACCCUGUUGUCAGAAAGGCGGUGAAAGAAGCUGCUGCCGAAGUGGAGAAGACAGAAGGGAGGGGACAGAUCAAGGUGCUCUUGAAGGAACCGUUUGAAGUGCCUGCUUUUAAAGGACUCCGUUCUGCUGUUCCUAAAGCUGCUCCUCCACCAGCUCCAGGGAUGGCACUCAUGGGACCACCCUUUGGUCCCAGGUUCCCUGAGUCCAGGUUUCCAGGUGAGUUUCCUCCCCACCGCCCUCCUCUUCUCGACUACCCAGGGGGCGAGUACAGAGAGCCCGGCUUUGGAGGCUUCCCCAACAGACAAGAGUUUCCUGACUCCGGUAUGGAUGGGAGGCCUUUCUCUGAUGGUAUGGGUCGCCGCCCACUUGGGGGUGGAAAUGGUUUUGGUCCAGGUGAUGGCAGAGAUGGCUUUGGAAGGAGUGGACUGCUGGAUGAAAGCCCAAGCAAAAUGUAUCCGGAUCCAUUCCGGGGCAACCAGAUGGGCGGAGGUUUAUUGGACAGACCCAUGGACAGACCCAUGGACAGACCCAUGGACAGACCCAUGGACAGACCAAUGGACAAACCUGUGAACAGGCCAGGAUUAAUGGGAGCAGCUCCAGAAUCCAGCAGCCUUCCUCAUACUCUGCUCACAUACCUGGAUUCCUUCCGGAUAGAAAACGAGAACGAUGCGCAAUUGGUGCUGAAGGUGACGCAGAAACUAACAGAUGUGCUGAUGGAGUACAGACUGAGGAGCGUAUUCACGGGUUCUAGUGCGAACAGCAUGUCAACAAGUACCACAAGCUUCUCCUCCACACCCUCCAGAUUGCCAAGCAGUAACGACCGAUAUUCAAGUAAUCCCUCAGGUCCAUCCAGGUACUCCGAUGGUCCGACCAGAUUUUACAAAUGACAAUCAGAAGAUGCGACACCUCGAUCCUCCUCGUUCUGUCCCAUGCGUCCGUCGAUCACGGUCCAGGAGUUAGGAAACUUAGGUUUUGUGUAAUUUUUUGAUAUUUUUCAACGCCUGUUUUAUUUUUCCUGUUGCCACCAGGUAGUAUUAUUUUUGUUUGUUUGUUUAAUUUUUUUUAAACAUGUUUUGGACUUCUUGAGAAGACGGGAACAUUUCUAACCUGGAACAUUUUACACAAAAUGCAUGUUUUCAACAGCUUUAACUGAUCAUUUUAGUGUAUGACUGUUGUUGGUUUCCCAGAUUUAAUAAAACUCAUGAAGAAAAUGA